AUGCAGCCCCUGAAGCGAUGUAGAAACACCGUCCACAUCUGGGCCCUACCCCGGUCCGGCCCGGGCCCAGGGGGAAUCCCAGGUCUCAGCCUCAGUAAGAGGGAGGCCAAGUCUGGGAGCACGGCUGCUGAGCGUGACCCGCAGGGCUUCUUCAAGCGCACGGUGCAGAACAACAAGCACUACACGUGCACCGAGAGCCAGAGCUGCAAGAUCGACAAGACCCAGCGCAAGCGCUGCCCCUACUGCCGCUUCCAGAAGUGCCUCAGCGUGGGCAUGCGGCUGGAAGCCGUGCGUGCCGACCGGAUGCGAGGAGGAAGAAACAAGUUCGGGCCCAUGUACAAGCGAGACCGUGCCUUAAAGCAGCAGAAGAAGGCUCUGAUCCGUGCCAACGGCUUCAAGCUGGAGACUGUGCCUCAGAUCGUGUCCCCCGUGCAAAGUGACUACAACCUGUCCUCCACCAUCCACGGCCUCCACGCCGCAGCCAAGACCCUGCCUCCCAACCCGGCCGCCCUCACGCCCGUCGACUACGACCGCAGCCCCUACGGGACCCCGGCCCUGGGCGUGACUGUGCCGAGCCACGGGGCGCUGUCCGGCUACCACUACCCCUCCUUCCCCAACCGCACCAUCAAGUCCGAGUACCCGGACCCCUACACAAAUUCCCACGAGUCCGUGGCCGGCUACGUGUACCCUGAUGCCUACCCCAACAGCUCGCCGCCCGACAUCCCUGAGGUCAUCCUCAAGCUGCUGCAGCUGGAGCCCGACGAGCCCCAGGUGAAGGCUCGGAUACUAGCCUGCUUGCAGCAGGAGCAGGGCAAGGGCCGGCACGAGAAGCUCAGCACCUUCGGCCUCAUGUGCAAGAUGGCAGACCAGACCCUCUUCUCCAUCGUGGAGUGGGCGCGGAGCUGCAUCUUCUUCAAGGAGCUGGAGGUGGGCGACCAGAUGAAACUGCUGCAGAACUGCUGGAGCGAGCUGCUGGUGUUCGACCACAUCUACAGGCAGGUGCAGCACGGCAAGGAGCACAGCCUGCUGCUCGUCACCGGCCAGGAGGUGGACCUGUCAACCGUGGCGGUGCAAGCGGGCUCCAUCCUGAACAACCUGGUCCUGCGCGCCCAGGAGCUCGUCCUGCAUAUGCACUCCCUCCAGGUCGACCGGCAGGAGUUCGUCUGCCUCAAGUUCCUGAUACUCUUCAGUCUCGAUGUGAAAUACCUGGAGAACCACAGCCUGGCCAAGGACGCGCAGGAGAAGGCCAACGCGGCGCUGCUGGAGUACACGGUGUGCCACUACCCGCACGCCACGGACAAGUUCCGGCAGCUCCUGCUGCGGCUGGCCGAGAUCCGGGCCCUGAGCAUGCAGGCCGAGGAGUACCUGUACCACAAGCACCUGAGCGGGGAGGUGCCCUGCAACAACCUCCUCAUCGAAAUGCUCCACGCCAAGCGGACUUGAGCGCGGCCUCCAGGCGACAGACUGCAGCGGUGGCGCCCGCUGCGGGCACCGAGGGCUGGCCGGCCCCGUGCCCCAGCUUUGCUAUUGAAACUGGACUCUUGGGAAGUUUCAGAGGAUUUAUUUUAAUAUACAGGAACUCUGGUUUCACAGCUCUGCCACCGCCCUGUCCUGUCCUGUGCGGGCUGACCCGCCGAAGACCUGCCUCUCACCUGGCAGCAAGCUCCCCUCCCAGCCACUGGCUUCGCCCGCAGCGGGGAAGGGCUGGGGGCGCCCUUAGCUAUGGCUUGUCUCUUAUUUAUGUUCCUUUCAAGCUGCCUUUUCUUAGGAGGGACCUGCCCCCAGCCCCUCUGCCUGCUAAUGUGAAGCGUCUUGGGGAUGCCUCCUCCCGUGGCAAGGGGAAGGGCUCCGUGGCCAGCUUGCCUCCUCAGAGACGGCACUCGGCUCUGCUCGGUGGGGUGGAGCAUUUGGGGAGCAAGAAGUCAGGGCUGGGGGUCAGCAGCAGGAGGGCGAUGGAGGCAAAGGGUGCUAUGCGGGGAGCUGGCCACCCAGCACGAGCAUCCUGCUCCUGCCCUCUGUUUGGGAGGGAGCAGACAGCCAGGCUCGCCUCCGCCGGGGGGGUCUGCACUGCAGCUGUCCCCCUCCGCCGGGGCGACCCUGCCCUGCCACCACGGUGCCACGGCAGUGUGGCUGUGCAAGCCUGCCAGCCCACGGGUCCAGCUGGGGGGUGGGCAGGUCUUGCCGCAGAGUAAAGGGGAAAAGGCUGGAGGUGAGGAGGGGUGAGCGAGCAACGGGACGACAGAUGGGGCAGUGCCAGCAGUCGGCCAACAGCCAGCGUUAGAUAACACACGGGCUCUGCCUCCGGGCACGCUUGGCCUGGUGUGCCAGAGUGGGGGUGCUCUCCUCCCCAAGGAGCUGAUCCUGCUUGGGUAGCGCGCCGUGAUGCCAGGGUGGCACCUCGGAGCUGCUACCACCCCCAGUGCCGAUCCCCGUGGGUCUGUGUGGGCCCCAGGGAGCAAAGCCUUUGGGGAGGGGAUGCUCCAGCAGCGCGGGUCUCCCCUUAACCCAUGCCUUGAAUUUCCGUGCAGGGUGCCCGGCUCCUGGGAGGGAGAAGCACUAGGAACCAGACCGGGAGCAGGAGGUACCCUGCAGAGGCCGUCUGUCCUCACCACGUGUACCAACAGGCUGGCAGCCUGGUGGCACUGCCCCGGGGACGGAGCGGCAAUUACCCUCGGCGGCACUGUCCUACCUGACCCACUGCGGGACCGGGUUGAGCAGCCCCCGGUCCAGCCUCUCCCCCGUGCGCCGGGCUCUGCAGAGCACACGGAAACUCCCCGAGGCACAAGCGAAGAAGGCGCUCGCUCUCCCCUGUGACGUCCGCGCGGGCGCCGGAUCUGGGGGUCCAGACCUCCCCUGGCAGACAUG